CUCUACUCCCUAUGGCUGCUCCGUGAACUUUGUUCUAGUAGUAAAAAGGCGUGUUUGAUCUCGGUGCUCAGACUUUUGAGUUAUUCGGGUAUUCCUCAGGAAGGACUGUGGCAGGAUUGCACCACAUCUGAGCCAAAGGGCCGCUGUACACCUUAGGGAAUAAGGUAGAGAUGGAGGAUUUCUGGGCAUUUGCUCUUUGGGCACUAAGGAUUUGGCUGUACCUCGUGAUCAGCCUCAUCAUGAUCCCAGCCAUGUUUGGCUUCUCACUGGGCAUCUCUGAGACCUACAUGACCAUCCUGGUGAAAACCUUAGAGUGGGCCACUCUGAAGAUACAGAAGGGAUAUGCAGAUGAACAACUGGAAGCCUCUGCAUCUAAUGGUCUCAUCCAGAGGGAAGAUGGCUCUAUGGAGAAAGAGUUAGAGGAACUUAGACGCAGUCGACCCAAACCACCAGUGGGCGGUGAUUUUACACUUAGUGACUGUUUCUACUUCACCCGGAGAGGAAUUGAGAGCAUUGUAGAGGAUGAGGUGACCCAGCGGUUCACUUCAGAGGAGCUGGUGUCCUGGAACUUACUGACUCGCUCCCACAAAGAUUUCCAGUACAUCAGUCUGAAGCUAACGCUGGUCUAUGGCCUCGGCAUCUUUGUGAGAUACUGCAUCCUUGCCCCGCUCAGGAUAACUCUGGCCUGCAUUGGCCUCACCUGGUUGGUCAUAGGAACAUCUGCAGUUGGAUUACUUCCAAAUUGGAGGAUGAAGUUCUGGCUCAGUGAAUUGGUCCAUGUGAUGUGCUACAGAAUCUGUGCUCGAGGACUCUCUGCCACCAUCCACUAUCACAACCGGGAAAAUAAACCCCAAAAAGGAGGAAUCUGUGUGGCCAAUCACACCUCUCCUAUUGACGUUGUGAUUCUCUGCAACGAUGGGUGUUAUGCUAUGGUGGGUCAGGUACAUGGAGGUUUGAUGGGAGUCCUCCAGAGAGCCAUGGUGCGGUCGUGUCCUCAUGUCUGGUUUGAGAGAGCAGAGAUGAGAGAUCGCCACCUAGUGACCAAAAGAUUGCAGGAUCAUGUGAAUGACAAGACAAAGCUUCCCAUAUUGAUAUUUCCUGAGGGAACCUGUGUCAACAACACAUCUGUCAUGAUGUUUAAAAAGGGAAGUUUUGAAAUUGGAGCAACGAUAUAUCCAGUAGCCAUUAAGUAUGACCCAAAGUUUGGAGAUGCUUUCUGGAACAGUUCCAAGUAUAGCAUGGUCAGUUACUUGCUGAGGAUGAUGACCAGCUGGGCCCUCGUCUGUAAUGUCUGGUACCUGCCAGCCAUGCACCAACAGGAGGGGGAAGAUGCUGUCCAUUUUGCCAACAGAGUUAAAUCAGCCAUCGCUCACCAGGGAGGGCUGGUAGAUCUACAAUGGGAUGGAGGCCUGAAGAGAGCAAAGGUGAAGGAGUCAUUUAAAGAGGAGCAGCAGAAACAGUACAGCAGUAUGGUGGUGGGAGAAGACAGCAGCAGCAACAGUGACUGAGAUCCCCAACCGGUAUGCUGUACAAAUUCCUGCCAUGGUUCUGGAGAAUAUACACUGGAAACAGGCCUUUCUCCUCGAGUAUGUUCCCAUUAGCUGGACCUGACAGGGAAUACUUCCAAGUGGACACACUGUGAAACCUCAGUUAAAGCUAAAAGGAGGAGAGUCUCAGUGAUUCACAGAAAAGUGCAAUAUUGAACUUUAUGAGGAGCAGACUGUGACUGUGAGAAGGGAAAGCUCUCUGUUUUUACUGCUGCUGAAGAUACUGUAGCUACUGUUGUAAUUGAAUGUUAAUGCUGAGAAAAUAGCUUAGAAUGAAAUGUCUGAUUGCAGCAAAAACCAUUUAGAAAAACUGGAUUCAUGAAUGUAUCACAGACAUGUCAACUCAUUCAUGUGUUGUUCGUUGUUUUUUAAGAUAAGUUUUAGUUUACAAUUUUAAUACCCAUUGUCGAUUAUGCAAUGGCAAAAAUAACCUGGAGGUAUUAUGUAGAUUUGCUGUUUUAUAACAUAACGUGACAUUGUUUAAAAAAUAUAAGCAAUUUGAAGAGAUAAAAACUGUGAUAAUUGUGAAUUUAACAUUUAAAUAUUGGUUUUAUGUAGAUCUUACAGUGAUGUACUGCAAAAUAAUUAACACUGAUAAGCACAUUUAUAACAUAGUUUUCACUUAAAAGAUGAACAAUCAUCUGUUAUUGCAUUUAACACUGAUAGACGUGAUACACUGAUAGUUAUUCAAAAAAGGAAACUACUUGCACAGUGUUUUGGUAACCUUUGCCCCCUCACAUUUUUUCACAUUACUGCAAAGGUAAAGCAUUAGCGCAAGAGACACAGUGGUUUGGCACUUAAAUAAUACUUGAUAAUGUUGAGUGUGAAAGAGUUCAUUAAAUGUCCACAUGACAUGUGACGGCCUUAGAGGAUAACACACAGCUUAGACUUUCUGGAUCUCUCUCCACUUGGUAGUUGUACUGGAGAGGGAAUCCCACUGCUGCCAUUUUCCUCUGGGGUUUCCUCUUUGGCUCCUUAAAGGAAAUUAAAGAAGGUUCACUCACUGUAACUGUGAA